AUGAUGCAUGCGUUCCAUUUGCUUGUUGGGAAGCUUGUUGUGCCAUCCCCUGUUCGUCUGUCUGGGAGGCUGUGCAUGGCUGCGCGCGACCCCGGCGGCAAGACAAAGCAGGGUCCCCAGCAGCCGGUUCCGGUAGAGCUGACGAGUUUAGUCCCGGUGCGGGUUGUCAGCGUGCACGGUGACUUCUUCGAUACGGAACUGCACCAAGACGCCCCCAUGCGCAUCCUGCAGCAGGCGGUGGAGGACUGUUUCAAGGUGCGUCCAGAGCUCCAGCUGCUCACCCACAAUCGCCAGCAAAUAAAUCCGAACCUCUCGCUGAGACGAAAUGGCUGCUUGUUGUUGAAGGGGGAUCCAUACGUGAAGAUUGUUGUCGACAUCAAAAAAGGGACAAGGUUGAAUCUUGUCUGCCAGGUACCCCAUCAAGAAUCCAUUCCGCUGGCGUGCGAGGGCGCAGAGACGGUGUGGGACUUGAAGAAGAAAUUGUGCACUGCUCUCUCCAAGGCAGAGCUGACGCCGCAACGAAUCCGUUUGUUCUGGCGGUACUGGGAACUAAACGACAAGGCGACACUAGAUUACUACCAACUUCCUACAAAUGCAAAACUUUCGAUGAUGAAGAAGCGCGGGUUUGUUGCGAAAUUGCAACCACAACGAAAGCUGCGCACAACAGGCGUCUCAUUGGCGCUGGAAGAGGAGGGGGGAAAGAUUUUUGGUGGAGCUGAUAUGGUGGAGACGCCGCGGCAUUGUCCUUCCACUGAAAUAGAGAUGAAGCCACAGACGCUCACGGAGCCGACGGCGUCUGUAUCGCCCUGGCCAGCGCCGUUGAGGCAGUUGGGACACGCCGUCAUUCCCAUUGAUCCGGCUGCAGGGCACCGCGCCACGAGUUCAGCAGCAGAGCUGGCAUCUGAGGCAAAGGCGCGUCCAGCCAAAGAUGCGGAACCGGCGAAGAUUUCAACCUCCUCGGGCCCACUGGAAAUUGCCCAGCUGAAACAGGGAGUUGCCUCACUUGAACGUCGCAUUGCAACAUAUGGUGUCGACCGCGCAGAUCACGAAUUGCUUGAAGAAUCCUAUCGCGCCACGCUGGGGCGAGUGGCGGAAUUGGAGGCCACCAUGGGUCGCUUCCAGAAUCUGCUACGCCGGGCACUCACCCUGAUGUGA